AUGGCGACUGCGCUUAACCGCAGGUUUGACGUGCUCUGCCACAGCGGCGUGUGCCCGUCUCACCUGAUCGACGUCUUGUCACUCCUCGUGGCACACGCCAACGAUACAGAGCUGUUCAAGGCAGAGCUACGUCAUGGUGGUGGCGGCGAGGUUGGCGCUGUCACUACUGGUGCAGGCAGUGUCCGUGCUACAUCUUCCACUGGCCCUGCGAACUGUACUGACCGGGCGCCCGGUGAUGCACGCGAGAGGCAGGCGGCAGAUCGGCGUAUCCAACUCAUGUACAAACAAGCGGAAGACCCCGAGGUCCUCGACGACGCACUGCGCGCGUCGCACGAGACGGUUCUUAUCGCCGCUGAGCGUAGUCUGCAGACUUAUGCGGAAGAUUUGAAGCACAUUAACGAUAUUGCCAUGGCGACUUCCGCCAAGCAUCUACGGGCAAUGCGGGUAGAGACGCAGCAGCAGAUGGAGAUGUUUCGUGACCGCGUCUGCGGCAAUGUUGUUGAGCGAACGAAGGAGGAAUUGGAGGUGAUGCGGAGCGAGCUGACCGCAUCGGUUAGAGAUGAUAUCAGCGACAUGGUCCGGCAGCUGCAUCAGGUGAGCCUUAGCACCCAACAGCAGCUCCAAGAGCUAACGUCUUCCUACACUGACUUCGUGGCUCAGGCUCACGAUGUGCUCACUGCGGCUCCACUAGCUGAUGUCUACGAGACUGUGAAGACCGUAGAGUACAUGCAGAAGCAGAUGGACUGCAUGGAAGCAACAGCGCUCAGCAAAUCAGACGUGAAGGCGCUGGAGGAGCGGCUGAAGCACUUGGAGUGCACUGUAGCGACUCUGGGGCCCGUGGCGGAGAAAUCUGAUGGGGCUGCCACCGCAGCGUCUCGUGACAGCGUCUCCACGAAUGUUCCCCUUCCUCUGCCGCUAUCGCAGCAAAAGUCACUUCCGUCUAAUGGGAGUGUCCCUCACCGCAGCCCACGAUCAAAGUCCACGUCACCACCGCCGUCGCACGUGCACAUCUCACAAUCAGCCAGUGCAAAAGAUCAACCGUUAUCGACAACAGCGGCCUCGAGACCGCCAGUGCAGAGAACACUCGCGGAGCGUCUUGGCGUCACGGUGGAGGCAGCAGAGGACGGGGUGGUGCUUGUGGGGGUGUCGCCCGGGUCGGCUGCUGCUGCGCACCGGCUCGGCGUGGGCCACAUCAUCUCUCACGUGGGUCGCACGGCUGUGGCGACCCCUGCCGCGUUUGAGGAAGCCCUCCGUGCGAGUGGGGGGCUGGUCGUGAAGAUCACGACGUACGACCCCUUCAACGGCCGCGUGCGCGUACUCACAGCGCAACCUUUUUGA